AUGGCCGCCCUCCAACAAGAGUGGGUCGCCUCGCCGGCACCCAUCAACUGCAUCGCGCUCGGCUCGUCCAUCAUCGCGACGGGCGGCCAGGAACGGCGCUGUUGUGUUUGGAGACUAAAAGACGCGGAGCACCUCCAGUCCUUCGCGGCCAGCACGUCGUCGAUCACCUGCCUCGACCUAGAUCAUGACGAGACCCACGUGUUGAGCGGCUGCGAAGGUGGUUCGGCUCGAGUCUACGAUUUACGAGAAGGCAAGGCCUCGCGAGGGUUGACGGGCCACCGGAACCAAGUGAAUUGCUGUCGUUUUCACCCGUACGGAGAAUUCGUGGCGACUGGCGGGGCCGAUUCGACGGUGAAAGUCUGGGACGCCCGGAAAAAAGCUUGCCUGCAGACCUACAAGGGCCACGGCGGCGAGGUCGAUGCCGUGUGUUUCUCUCCGGACGGCAGAUGGCUCGCGUCGGCCUCUCGAGGUGAUGGUCAAAUUAGAGUGUGGGAUUUAACUGCCGGGAAAUUGCUCAAGGGCUUCGGGGCUUCGAGACGAGCCCAAGCGGUGUUUGCGAAGACUCUUGUGUUUUCACCUACGGAACUGGUGCUGGCUGCUUCUUGCUCGGACAGAACCGCUAGAUUGUAUGACUUGGAGCAGUGGAAAGAAUUAGGAGCGACGCAUCCUGCAUCUCUCGAAGCGCACGCGGUGCGAGAAUGUGCGUUCUCGUCGUCGGGGCGGUCGCUCGUCGUGGCGGCCGAGAAUGGGAUGAGACAGUGGAACGUGGCCAAUGUGAAACCCAUCAGUCGAGAAAUCGAGGGCGGUUUGGCGGGUGUCUGUGCUCUCAAAUGCGGCGACGACUGUACAGUAGCGUGCCGCAGGGACGGCGUCGUCCGGGUAUACAAUGCGUCACUCGCGUACGAGGACGACUUCGAGGACGACGUGAGUGAUGAGGCCGAGGCCAAGGAGGCGUCUCCCGUGGAGGAACCGCCUGCGUCAAAGAUCGACGCGAAGGCCUCUCCUUCUGUAGUCUUCGCGCCUUCACAGAGAAGGGGCCUCGCGCCGCGCAACACCAAGACAGAUCGACGGCGCCUGUCGACGAGCGACCUUGAAGAUGUGAAAAGACGAGCGUCGCAGCCGAAAGCUGACGGUGCGAGCGUCGACGACGCCAUCACGGAGAUACUGAUGGGCCGCAAGGCGAAGCACGAGCUCGAGGCGCGCCUUGAACAACUGGAGCAUGCGUCGAAACAGUGGGGCGCGGGUAAUGGUGAAGAGGCCUUCCGCGCGUUGAGUGGACGGAAUUUCUCCUGGGAAGCCGUCGGCGACUUCCUCGAGCGCGUCGACGCGACUGAUCUGACGCUCGACGCCGCGUCCACAUUGGCCGAGUGCGCCGAGCGGUGGCUCAAGGCGUGCUGCGCCGCGGAAUCCGACCGGGCGGGCGAGGUCUGCGUGCUGGUCGUCGACGCUUGUUCAUGCGCUUUGGAUUCGCACGGCCCGGCGAUCGCCGCCGCGGCGACGGCGCCGGCGCUGGGUGUGGACCUGUCGCGGGAGGACCGCGUGCGGCGGUGCGCCGAGGCGCAGCAACGCUUCCGCGCCGUCGCGGGCGCGUGCGCCGGCGUCGCUUUUUUUGGAGACGCGGCGGUGAGGGCGUCGAAAUUCGCGGCGCGGUGCGGGGAGCUGUUCCCUUAA